AUGGCAGCCAUAUCCUUUUUCAUUCAUGGCAGCCAUAUCCUUUUUUUAUUCAUGGCAGCCAUAUCCUUUUUUCAUUUAUGGCAGGCAUAUCCUUUUUUCAUUUAUGGCAGGCAUAUACUUUUUUUAUUCAUAGCAGCCAUAUCCUUUUUUUCAUUUAUGGCAGCCAUAUCCAUUUUCAUUCAUGGCAGCCAUAUCCUUUUUCAUUCUUGGCAGGCAUAUCCUUUUUCAUUUAUGGCAGCCAUAUCCUUUUUCAUUCAUUCAUGGCAGCCGAUAUCCAUUUUCAUUCAUUUUUUCAUUUAUGGCAGCCAUAUCCUUUUUUUUCAUAGCAGCCAUUCAUUUAUGCAGCCAUAUCCUUUUUUUAUUCAUUUAUAUCCUUUUUUUUUUAUCCUUUUUUUCAUUCAUGGCAGCCAUAUCCUUUUUUUUUUCAUUCAUAGCAGCCAUAUCCUUUUUUCAUUUAUUCAUAGCAGCCAUAUCCUUUUUUCAUUUAUGGCAGCCAUAUCCUUUUUCAUUCAUGGCAGCCAUAUCCUUUUUUCAUUUAUGGCAGCCAUAUCUUUUUUCAUUCAUGGCAGCCAUAUCCUUUUUUCAUUCAUGGCAGCCAUAUCCUUUUUUCAUUUAUUUUCCUUUUUUUUCAUUUAUGUCAGCCAUAUCCUUUUUCAUUCAUGGCAGCCAUAUCCUUUUUCAUUCAUGGCAGCCAUAUCCUUUUUUUUUUAUUUCAUUUCCUUUUUUUUCAUUUAUAUCCUUUUUUAUUCAUGGCAGCCAGCCAUUUAUCCUUUUUUUUCAUUUAUGGCAGCCAUAUCCUUUUUCAUUCAUGGCAGCCAUAUCCUUUUUUAUUAUAGCAGCCAUAUCCUUUUUUUUUUCAUUUAUGGCAUGGCCAGCCAUAUCCAUUUUCAUUUUGGUAUUUCCUUUUUUUUAUUUAUGCAGCCAUAUCCUUUUUCAUUUAUUCAUAGCAGCCAUAUCCUUUUUUUUAUGGCAGCCAUAUCCUUUUCAUUCAUGGCAGCCAUAUCCAUUUUCAUUUAUGCCAUAUCCUUUUUUUAUUCAUUUAUUUUUUUCAUUUAUGGCAGCAUAUCCUUUUUUUUUUUUAUGGCAGCCAUAUCCUUUUUUUUAUUCAUAGCAGCCAUAUCCUUUUUUCAUUUAUGA